UUCCAGAGUCGCCGCCUGAAACCAAAAACCAAAAGAAAAGGAGAAAGGAGAAAACACGUUGAACUUUCGCAAGCCUAUCUCAUAUCGGAAUAAAACUCCUCUCCUUCUCUCUUUAUAUUUCCUUCUCUCACCCCUACCAAACAAACCCUAAUUUUCCUACUCUUUCCAUUCUUUGUUUCUCCGAUGAUCUGAUCCGACGAUUCCUUUGUAGAUCUGCUUAGACAGCAUGCAUUAUGGGGUGAUGGUUCUUUAAUUCGAGGAAUCAUGUUGCAGAAAAAAUUUAUUAAGUGAUCACUAUAAAACUUAGCAUGGUUAUGCCAUAACAAGAUUAUGGUUUUGAGUGGGAAGAACUGACAUUUCUCAGAUUGAUGAAACUUGAAGCUUGUCCAAUAUAUUGGAUGGAUGAUGAUUGUGCAGAUGGAUAAGAUGUCUGCUCCUUCUUUACAGGAGCGCGUGCAACGUCUCUAUAAGAAGGCUAUUGAGUUGGAAAAUAAGCGUCGGAAGUCGGCCCAGGCACGCAUUCCAUCAGAUCCUAGUGCCUGGCAACAAAUACGUGAGAAUUAUGAAGCAAUAAUUCUUGAAGAUCAUGCUUUUUCUGAGCAGCACAACAUUGAAUAUGCUUUGUGGCAGUUGCAUUACAAGCGAAUUGAGGAAUUUCGAACACACUAUAGUGCUGCUUUAUCUUCCACUGGCUCAACUGCAACUCAGAGUGCGAAAGGCCCUGCACGACCUGAGCAAGUUACUAAAAUACGAAUGCAGUUUAAAACCUUCCUCUCGGAAGCUACUGGAUUUUAUCAUGAUCUGAUUCUGAAAAUCAGGGCGAAGUAUGGCCUUCCUCUGGGCUAUUUUUCUGAGGACUCAGAGACUCAAAUUGUCAUGGACAAAGAUGGGAAGAAAUCCACUGAGGUGAAGAAAGGUUUGGUAUCUUGUCAUCGCUGCUUGAUAUACUUGGGUGAUCUAGCACGGUAUAAAGGAUUAUACGGGGAGGGGGAUUCCAAAACCCGUGAAUAUGCUGCAGCCUCAAGCUACUAUUUGCAAGCAGCCUCACUUUGGCCAUCAAGUGGCAACCCUCAUCACCAGCUUGCAAUACUGGCUUCAUAUUCGGGGGAUGAACUGGUGGCUGUCUAUCGCUACUUUCGAAGUUUGGCAGUGGAGAGCCCAUUCUCAACUGCUCGCGAUAAUCUAAUUGUCGCAUUUGAAAAGAACCGUCAGAGUUACUCUCAGCUGCCUGGGGAAAGUAAGGCUUCUAUAAUUAAGGAGUCACCUGUGAGAUUCACUAGUAAAGGAAGGGGGAAAGGGGAAGUAAAACUUGUAUCAAAAGAUGCCAACAAGGAAACUGGUCUUGAGAAGGAAACAGCAUCUAAUGCACCUGAGAUGUACAAAACGUUUUGCAUUAGAUUUGUCAGACUAAAUGGCAUUCUUUUUACACGUACAAGCCUAGAGACAUUUUCUGAAGUUCUUACUUCAGUUAGCAGUGGCUUGAGUGAGUUUCUUUCUUCAGGGCCAGAGGAAGAGCUGAAUUUUGGUGCUGAUACUGUUGAGAGUUCAGUUGCAAUUGUUAGGCUUGUGUCCAUACUUAUAUUUACAGUUCAUAAUUCAAAAAGGGAGACUGAAGGUCAGACAUAUGCAGAAAUUGUGCAGCGUGCCGUUCUUCUUCAGAAUGCAUUCACUGCAAUUUUUGAGUUGAUGGGGCAUAUAAUAAACAGAUGUGUUCAGCUGCAUGAUCCUUCUUCAAGUUAUCUGCUACCUGGAAUUCUAGUUUUUGUCGAAUGGUUGGCUUGUUGUCCAGAUGUUGUAGCAGGCAGUGAUGCUGAUGAGAAACAAGCUGCUGUUAGAUCAAGUUUUUGGAAUUAUUGCAUAGCUUUCUUGAACAAGAUUUUAUCAACUGGACAUGGAUUUGUUGAAGAUGAUGAAGAUGAGAGUUGCUUUUUCCACAUGAGCAGGUAUGAAGAGGGGGAAACAGAAAAUCGUCUUGCAUUAUCAGAAGACUUUGAAUUAAGAGGGUUUUUGCCGCUCCUUCCUGCGCAGACCAUAUUGGAUUUCUCAAGGAAGCAUUCCUUUGGCAAUGAUGGAAACAAGGAAAAGAAGGCUCGUAUCAAAAGGAUUCUCGCAGCAGGGAAAGCUUUAGCCAAUGUGAUAAAGAUUGAUUGUAAAACUGUGUGUUUUGAUUCGAGGUUAAAGAAAUUCGUAGUUGGUGUUGAGUCUCUGGAGGACAUCGAGGUUAAUGCCCAUUCGAGUCGAUUAGAAGCAAAUGGCACAAUGCAGGAGACCCAGACCAAGAAGACCAUGAAUUUGGGACUUGUACAACAAAAUCUACUGCCUUACUUGGAUGGGGAAGAUGAGGACGAGGUGAUUGUUUUUAAGCCAAUAGUGACUGAGAAGAGAAACGAAGCAUUUAGUCCAAAACAUGCACCUUAUGACAGCUUGAAGAAGCUUGACCAUAGUAUUUCUGCAGGCGAUCCACAAUGUUAUAGUAGCUCUCUGCCAGCUCCUCUUGAAAAUCUCCAUCAGCACCCACAGGUUUCUUUGGAUGUAAGUCAUGCAACUACGCAAAUACCUUUAUCAGUUGGCAAUGUUCUUCCCCAGAAUUUGCAUCCAGUUAAAUCACCACAUCCUUUAAAAUGGUUACCGGAAGAAGAAAUUUCUCUUUCAACUAGUUUGACAGGUCUAAAGCUCAUGGAGAAUGGACAUGUAGCUAAGCACGAGAUGCCAGGAAACAUGGGCAUUUCCCAUCUUCCUGCACGCUCAAUCUCCACCCACCAAUCCUUCAGUACUAAUACUAGUGGCUUGUUAUAUGGUCAUUCAAGAGUUCCUGAAGCUGUGAUACCAUCUAAAAUUGAUGCAGUUGCCUCUUUGGGAGUUAUUGCAGAGAACUUGGCUGUAAAGAAUUCAUCAGCAUUGUCAACAGGCUCCCGAAAAAGUCCAGUUAGUCGACCCGGUAGACACCUUGGUCCUCCUCCUGGUUUCAACCCUGUUCCGCCAAAACAAGUUACUGAGCCUAUUUCUGGUUCAGAUCUGAUGAGUGAUAAUCCACUUAUGGAUGAUUAUAGUUGGUUGGAUGGGUAUCAGCCCUCAUCAAUGAAGGGCUCUGGGUUCACUACUUCCCUCGGUUAUCCAUAUAUUGCCAAUCCUCAGUUUGUUGGUAAUAACAAUGGCUUAAAUGGGACAGUCAACUUUCCCUUUCCUGGGAAACAAGUUCCACCCAUGCAGCUUCAAGCAGAAAUGCAGAAAGGAUGGCAGGAUUAUCAGAAUCUUGAGCAUCUAAAACUACAGCGUGAGCAGCAGCAGCUGCAGCAAAAGCAAAAGCAACUCAUCAAUGAAAACCAGCAGUUUGCGACAAUGCCAGAGCAAUAUCAGGGACAGUCUAUUUGGACUGGUCGGUAUUUCGUGUGAGGUCAGUGAAAGAAUGGAAGGUUCUUGAGAAUGAUCUGGUGAAUGUACUGAUCCUUUUGCUACCUAAUUCAAACUCCAACUAUGAAGCCUUAUUCUUUGUUGAGUCUUUGUUGGAGCAUGGGUGGCACUGGCUUCCUGCAGGCACUUGCUACUGAACGAAUUUUGCUGAGGUGGCCUGCCAGUGGAAAGGAUGUUGCCACAAUGUCUGAAGUGAAAUUUGUGAGGGAGUAAUGCCUUAUCUGCUUACUUGAAUGGAGAUAGAAGUUGUUAAUAAGAUCAUCAGUUGGUCUUUGAGGCUUAUGUCUCGAGGAAUUGGUGGAAUAAAGGGUGGUGUACUCGCUGUGCUACUUAAAAAAAAAACUUCACAUAAUCUAGCUGUUGGAAUUGCUGUUACCUGGUAUCAGUUAGGAGCUGAUAAAAAAAAUAUUUGGUGUUCUCAGCCAGUUCUCUGCCACAGCUUCAGGGCUCGGGAGGAAGGUUGAUAGGCGUUGUCCGGUUUACCUGAUUAUUAUAUAGAAAUGGUGGGUUCUAGUGUCAUUUCGGAGUCACAAGUUUGUGUAUGGUUUUGUUGUCUGGGUCUAAAGGCUGGUUAUGUUAAUCUUUUCUUAUUCAGUAUGUUGGGUGAUGUUAUUGGACAUGAAAACUAAUCGUAUUUCCAAGUGUUGUAAGUCUGGAUAGACUUAAAAACCUUAGACAAAGUGUCAUGAAAUAAUUUGGAAAUACAGUUUUUCUAUUGGAAAUGUCAUCUUUUGGAUAAUUACACCAUUGCAA